AGCCGAUCUUCCAGAUACGUUAAAGAUAUAUGUAUCUAUGCUAGCUUAUUAUUCCGAGUAUCGUUCGCCCUCGUCACCGUGCCACGUUAACAAAUCUAUCUCCAGGCAGAUCCAGCGUUACAUAAUGCGAGAAUGAUAAGAUCACGCGUUUUCAUCCCGCGGGAAAUAGCGCGUAACGUAAUGCCGACAUCCAAGUUCAUCCGAGAAUGUACGUAGGCUACGCACAAGCCCGCGCGUUCCUCGCAUUUAGUUCUACGAGCAGUAAAGCGACGCGCGAGCACGUCGCCAAGAGCAUCGAGUCGAGCGAACUGUCAGUUAUCAGCUGUUACGGUCGCGUCUUUCUGUUCUUGGUUCUACGACGAGAUCUCACAUCGUUCUACAAUUCUACACACCGGAAACAUGGACGAAUCGUCGACAGGAACGUACUUGGGUCUAGACCUGAGUACGCAGCAGCUGAAAGCAGUAGUAGUCGAUGAUAAUCUAGCCGUCCUUCACGAGACUAGUGUACAAUUCGAUAAUGAUUUACCGGAAUUUAGGACUUACGGAGGAGUUAUACAGAAGAAAGAGGAACCGCAUGUCGUGGUAGUGCCUUCUUUAAUGUGGGUUAAGGCCUUAGAUAUGAUACUUGAUAAAUUACGCGUCUGCGGUGUCGAUUUUAGUAAAGUGAUAGCCAUCUCUGGAUGUGCGCAGCAACACGGCACAGUUUAUUGGGGCAAAGGCAGCCAAAGUCGGUUGCAGCAGUUAAAUCCCAUAAAAUUUUUAUAUGAACAAUUUGCUACGUCCUUUUCCGUGACUCAUUCACCCAUAUGGAUGGAUUCCAGUACAUCGAAAGAAUGUAGCGUUUUGGAGGAGAUUGUGGGUGGCUCUCUCAAAUUAGCGGAAAUAACGGGUUCGCGGGCGUACGAGAGGUUCUCGGGACCGCAGAUAGCGAAAAUAGCACGCACGAAGCCGGAAGCCUACUGUAACACUGAGAGAAUCUCGUUAGUGAGCAACUUUCUCGCCUCCUUGUUUCUGGGCGAUUACGCACCUAUCGAUUGGUCCGAUGGCUCUGGUAUGAAUCUGUUAAAUAUUCGUACGAAAGAUUGGGAUGAUCUGUUACUGGAGACUUGUGCAUCGGGACUGAGAGAAAAAUUGGGUAAACCUGUUCCAUCAUAUAGUGAUAUCGGUCCUAUAUCGCCUUAUUUCGUAGAAAGAUUUGAUUUUAAAGAAAAAUGUAGAAUAAUUGCGUUUACCGGAGAUAAUCCAGGGUCCUUGGUAGGUAUGAGAUUAAAAGAAGGUGAUAUCGCAUGCAGUUUGGGUACGAGCGAUACUUUAUUCUUGUGGUUGAACGAACCAAAGACUGUAAUGGAUGGCCAUAUAUUAUGCAAUCCGAUAGACGAUCAGGCUUACAUGGCAUUGCUUUGCUUUAAAAAUGCUUCUUUGACCCGUGAAAGAAUACGAAACGAGACUGCGCAAGAUAGCUGGAAGAUAUUUAACGAAUUAUUAGAAAGCACGCCUCGAGGAAAUUUCGGUAACUUUGCAUUAUAUUUUGAUACGCAAGAGAUUUUGCCUUUCGUCAUCGGUGACUAUAGAUAUAAUAAAGCCAAUGAUGAAAUCUCUCGAUAUAGUUCGAAAGAAGUAGAAGUGAGAGCAUUGAUUGAAGGUCAAUUUGUCGCAAAAAGAGCACACGCUGAAGAUUUUGGUUUUGUCAUCGGGCCUAAUACACGAGUUAUUGCAACGGGAGGGGCAUCUGUAAAUAAAGCUAUACUGCAAGUGCUUUCCGAUGUAUUUAAUUCACCGGUAUAUAUCUCGGAAGCAACUAAUUCCGCUAUGAUGGGUGCGGCGUAUCAAGCCAAAUAUGGUUUGUUACGGAAUAAUUGCAGCUUUGAUGAAAUUACACGUUGCUUGCCAGAAUUGACACCUGUAUGCCAACCUUAUGAUGAUGCCGAAUCCAUUUAUAAACCUAUGACAAUACGCUAUCGCAAGAUUGUAGAUCAGAUAUUGAAAAAGAAAAAAGAACAGAAAAGCAAAUGUAAAUCUUGUACAUAACAAAAUAUUUUUUAAGAAAAGAGGCCUUUUAUACCUUUGCAUUGCAAAGCAAAUACAAAGUGACUACUUGUUGUACUCUUCAAUAGAUACAGUACACUUUUCUAUACAUAUAUUUUUAAAUUAUUUAGGAUAUAUUCAAAUAUAAAAUUUAUAUAUAUUUUAAUAUAUAUUAAAUUAUGUAAGUUCAUA